AUGCUGGUGGAAUUGUCAACAAUAUUUCUGACUAUCAUAGUGCCGAUUGGGAUGUUGGCGCUAUUCCUGCUGAAAGCAGAUCCCGCUGAACGUGAAAACGACGGAGACAUCGAUGCGGAUCUCUGGCCUACCGCCCUCAGUUCGCGAUGGUCGAGAUUGCAGCUGUACAAGAACGAGGAUGACGUGGCAAAAAAUGUGCAAACGGUGACAGUGUCCAAAGACACAAUAUACGCUAUGAUGCAGAGGGGCGUCAACGCCUUAAACGCAAAGGAAGUCAAGACGGACGAAGAAGGGCACGCGAUCGACGACAGCGUUGACGACCAGUGGGCCCGGAAGUGUAUGGAACGCAUGUGCGCCGAACUGGACUUGCACCAUCCAAACGUGAUAUCAUUAAUUCUGCUCGCCAACGAUUAUUGCGAUACCCUGGAAAAGAUGAUGGACGAAUUCGAAAACGAACUAUGUCGUUACAAUAAGACUUUGGCUCUGCUCACCGAAAAUCGUAUGGAUAUUGAAAAGGAGAUCAUAAAAAAGUCUUACCAAUGCAAGCAGCAAGGCGCCGACGAGAAGAUUAUGGCUAUAGUAAACAACGAAAGCAGUCCUCACCAUUGGAAACCAAUUCCAGUGCCCGUUAGACACACAAUUGUCAAGGCCAGCCGGGCCGACGACGACUUUUUGACAAUAUUUGAACAAUUCAAAAAGGCGCAAGAGGAAAAUCGUAAAUAA